GCUAUUGAAACAAAAGGACUGUAGACAGCAACUCAAAACCUCUGCGCCCAAUUCAAAAACCCUAAAAAUCAUUGAAUAAUAAUCACUCCUCGUCGAAAUGUACGGCUCCUAUAAAGCCGUUACCGACGACACAGAUCGAACGGAAUUCCGAAAAACAGAGAAGAAGUACAAACUUUACUACGAUCAAAAUUCCAAAAGGAAAAAGCAACCAAAACAAGUCGACUUAUCAGAGGUUUUAGAUUUCAAGUCAUUUUUGGAUUCUUAUCAUAAAAACGGGGAACUUCCUCCUGAAAUUGUGGUUGUUGAUUGCCGUUUUGAUCGGCCCGUCUUCGGCUUGGAAAGUCAGCCUGGUUUUUAUUUCAUUCCGGGGGCAUUGAGUGUUGAUGAACAAUGCCGAUGGAUAAGGGAGAGCUUAAUGAGUUUCCCUCAGCCUCCUAAUAGAACGAAUCAUAAUGCAAUCUAUGGGCCUAUAAGUGACCUGUUUAUUGCUGCGAAAGAGAGGAAAGUGUUGGUUGAGGAUGAAAAUAUGCCUGCUAGUUCGGACUCUGUGUCAAAUGGUUGUGUUGGCAAUGGAGAUACUCGUAGAUGGAGUUUUUGUGAGGAAGAUAGUAUUCUGUUAAGAGGGAAGCCUUGUAAGCCCAUUUCAGCUUCCGUCUUAUUGCGGAAGUUGCGGUGGAGUACCCUUGGACUGCAAUUUGAUUGGUCUAAGCGUAACUACAAUGUAUCUCUUCCACAUAACAAGAUCCCUGAUGAACUCUGUCAGUUUGCUAAAAAGUUGGCUGCUCCUGCGAUGCCUGUGGGAGAAGAAUUCCACCCAGAAGCUGCAAUAGUAAACUAUUUUGCAUCAGGAGAUACACUAGGGGGCCACUUGGAUGACAUGGAAGCUGACUGGAGUAAACCUAUUGUAAGCAUGAGUUUGGGUUGCAAGGCUAUUUUCCUUUUAGGAGGAAAAUCUAGAGAAGAUCCACCUUUAGCAAUGUUUCUCCGAAGUGGUGAUGUGGUUCUCAUGGCUGGAGAAGCACGAGAAUGUUUUCAUGGUGUGCCUCGGAUCUUCACUGACAAAGAAAAUGCUGAAAUCACAACCCUUGAAUUGCAUUUCUGUGAUGAGAAUGAUAUCUUAGAAUACAUCAGAACCUCGAGAAUCAACAUUAACAUCAGACAAGUGUUUUGAGAGCAAUAAAUUUUCUCCCAUAGAUGUGAAACCUAAUUUAAAGAUUCAAUUGGGAAUGCUUUCAUAGGAGAGAUUAAAGGUGACAAGAGGACAGCAUGAUAGAAGACGUUGAAGAUUUUUGUAGAAUCAUUUCUUUUGGUUCUUUUGAUGACAGGGGUGGGUCUUGAACAGCUCACUCUCUCUCAUUUAAAGAGGUUUAUGUGGAAUCAUAAUAACGAUUUGUAAGGAAUCAGUUGAUUGUCCAGAUGGGAUAAGAGAGUGUUAUUGAGAGAAGAUACAAAAGAACAAGCUCUGACUAUACAGUUAAAAUGCUAUUGAGUUGAGAGGAAUUCAAUUUAUACUAUUAGCAGAUUGCUUCAAGAACAC